CUUGAAAAGCCCGCCUCGUCCACGACCCCCCCACCCCACCCGCCCGCCAACGCGCGUCCUCCACCGGGCAUGCGCAGUGUCUUUCUAAGCCGGCGUCGUUAAAUAUCGCGAGAUCGAAUGCGCUCGGCGCGGGCUUUAAGCCUAAGAUUCAAACACAGGUUCGUCGGGGUUGUUGCGUGUCUUAGUCAAAGGCGAAACAGUGUUAAAAGAAAAUGGAGGCAGACAGAGACAUCAUUUCACAUCUUCGAUAUCAACUGAAAGAAGCUGAAAAAGAAAAAAACAAAAGCACUACAGUAUGGCUUAAAGCUGUUGGAAAGUGAAAACUUGCUGCAGAAUCGGCUGGAUGAACUUCAAAAUGAACUGGUUACCAAAACAGAGAAUUUGAACAAGCAAAAUAUACUCACCAGAGAGAAGUAGAAUUGAAGAACCGAAUGUUGGAGAGUUUAAAUCUUGAAUAUGAGGCUCUUAAGCAGCAGCAAAAUGUACAGCUGGAUACAUUGCGCAUAGAACUAGAAACAUUACAUGGGCAAAAAAUAAAGGAGCUUGAAAAUAAGGUUGAAAAUUAAAAUCGGAGUUAGACGAAGCAUUACUUAGUGAGAAACAACUGAAGCAUAAAGUGGAUAAUUGAAAGAUGUCAUUGCUUCAAAAUCAGAACUAUAUAUAAUGUCAGAACGUGUACAAGAAAGUAUGUCUUCAGAAAUUCUCAGUCUUCAACAUCAGCUGCUAUCUCUUGAGAAAGGAAAGAGAGAUUUUGAGGACCAGUUACAUGAGCUGCAAUACAAUAAAAAACAGCUGGAACUUGCAAAUAGCAAUUUGACGAAUCGACUGGCUCAGCUUGAAGAAGAGAAGGAAGGGAAAGAAAAAGAUCUUGUUUCAGUUUGCAAUUCAUUAGAGCUGCAGAUGGCUGCAGAUCUUCGAAGAAUGAUAGGUUCACAGGGAGAACAUGACCAGCUGGACCCUUUACCCAACAUGCUUCAACAAAGAAAUGGUGAAAUAGAAGAAAUGAAAGUGAAACAAUUAGAAAAACCAAUGUAAAGAGAAAGAAAAUU